CAUUAAACUAAAAAGAUGCUCAAAACGAUCGCACUGAUCUUUAUCAUAAGUUUUGCUUUGCUUCAUCCCAUAGCGAGUACCUCGCCGCUACACAAAGCAAAUGAUGGUAAAGAAUAUCUUAUAGAAACCGAACCAAAGUACAACUGGUAUCAGGCCUGGCAUGAAUGUGCCCGCAGAAAUUUACAACUUGUUGCUAUUGAUACGGAAGCAAAAAAUAACGCCAUCAUCGAUCUUUUAAAGAAAGUCGUAGGAAAACCUCUUAACUUAUGGUUGGGUGGCAAUGAUGAAUUUAGUUCGAAUAGAGACUACAAUCGUCCCUUCUUUUGGUCUGCCACGGGUAAACAAUUCACCUUUACCGCUUGGUCUCCCAAUAAUCCCGAUAAUGAUCGUAAACGUGAACAUUGUGUUCAUUUCUGGGAAUCAAAACCAUAUCUAUGGAAUGAUAUUGAUUGUAGUAAUAAAAUGGGUUUUAUAUGUGAAGAAAAUCAUUAUGUUGAGACCUAUAACCAAGAAAUCAACCAAAAAUGUGAUGCUUUCAAACACUCGAGUUUAACGAUCGCUCAUGAAUACGAUCAGGUGUUUAAGCAACAAUUAUUGGAAAUUAAUCAUAAAAUUCAGAGUAGCAACCAUGUGGCUGAUGAUUGGAAGGUGGAAAUGCAACAAUUGCAAAAUACUACAUUAGUUGCGGUGCAAAAAGUGCUCGAUAAUCAACACUAUAUGGUGAAACAAUUGACGGAGAAAUUGUUUCAACAAGUCUAUAAUAUGAAUGUUGAAUUGGAAAAGUCUUCGUCUGAUAUCAGUGCAAUGUUUAGUGAAAAGUUGAGUGUAAAAGAAAAUGAAAUUAAUAAAAUAUGUUAGUAUUUUUUGUAAGUUAUAA